CAUUAACGUGACUGUUGUCAGUCUCCAGACGAAAUGAUCAGUAUUCCUACAAAUAUUGUACCUCGACAAUGCUGAGCUUAUUAAAAUUUGGCCGCUUUUCUAAAACAGGAUUGCAUUCCGUACGAAACAGUUAUAAGUGGUCAGAGCCAUGCACUCAGUUAUGUUAUGUGACAACUCAGAGUUCGCACUCGGACACUCUGUUUCCGGGGAGAGUGGACUUUCCGAGCCGGCAUAUAGGACCCCGAGACCACGAUAUAGUGACUAUGCUGGAUCUGUUGGGUUAUAAGAGUUUAGAUCAGCUGACCAACGAUGCGGUUCCAAGUAAAAUCCAAUUCCAAGGCCUCAUGGACAUCACUGAUCCUAUGAGUGAAUAUGAUCUCAUUGAAAGGGCACGAAAAAUAUCAGAGAAAAAUCAAAUAUGGCGGUCAUUCAUUGGUAUGGGUUACCACAACUGCUGCGUUCCACAUUCAAUUAUGAGGAAUAUGUUCGAAAAUCCGGGAUGGACGACCCAGUACACACCUUAUCAGCCCGAAGUAGCACAAGGUCGAUUGGAGAGUCUUCUCAACUAUCAAACAAUGGUUAGCGAUUUAACGGGAUUAGAUGUUGCCAACGCAUCUUUGCUUGAUGAAGGUACCGCUGCAGCCGAAGCCUUGUCACUUUGCCACAGGCAUAAUAAAAGAACAAAGUUUGUGGUAUCGGAAAGACUGCAUCCUCAGACAUUGGCAGUUGUACAGACUAGACUAGAUGCGUUAGGUUUGGAAGUGAUUGUGGUGCCUGAUGUCAGACAAGCUGACUUCGCGCAGAGAGACAUUUCGGCGGUGCUACUGCAGUGCCCUGACACAAGGGGCUUGGUAUACGACUACUCUGGAUUAGCGGCCGCAGCACAAGAGCACGGAACCUUAGUAGUGGUGGCGACGGACCUACUGGCGAUGGCACUGUUGCGUCCUCCAGCGGAGUGUGGUGCGGCGCUGGCUGUUGGUACCUCUCAGCGGCUCGGAGUACCACUUGGCUAUGGCGGGCCGCACGCCGGAUUCUUCGCCGCUGAGCACGCGCUCGUGCGCCUCAUGCCCGGCCGCAUGGUCGGCGUCACUAGAGAUGCUACGGGACGAGAUGCUUACAGGUUAGCGCUCCAGACCAGAGAGCAGCACAUAAGGCGCGAUAAGGCGACGUCAAACAUUUGUACUGCACAGGCGCUACUGGCCAAUAUGUCUGCCAUGUACGCUGUGUACCAUGGCCCGCAAGGACUCAGGGACAUCGCCACCAGAGUUCAUAAUGCUACACUCGUGCUUGAUCACGGAAUCAGACAACGUGGUCACAAACAAUCAAACGAAGUAUACUUCGAUACCCUUCACAUAGUUCCUCUAUCCGAACACGACGCUGGCUCUAUUAAAUCUCGUGCACAACAAAAGAAAAUCAAUCUGCGAUAUUUCGACGACGGAGCUGUGGGUGUCGCGUUGGAUGAGACCACCACAAUGCAAGACGUCGAAGACCUAUUGUGGAUAUUUGACUGUAAAUCUGUAAACGAGCUCACCAAGGACAGCGAUGUGCUAAACCGCAGCGUUUUAAAAGGUCCGUUCAGAAGGACGUCUCCCUACCUCACCCACCCAGUUUUCAACAUGCAUCACUCUGAAACGAGGAUAGUUCGCUACAUGAAACGACUUGAGAAUAAAGAUGUCUCCCUUGUACAUUCCAUGAUACCUUUGGGCUCUUGUACAAUGAAACUGAACUCAACGACGGAGAUGAUGCCAUGUUCGUUCAAGCACUUCACCGACAUCCAUCCGUUCGCGCCACUCGACCAAUGUCAAGGAUACCACACGCUGUUCGAGGAGUUGGCGAGAGACCUCUGCGCUAUCACAGGAUACGACCGUGUCUCCUUCCAACCUAACAGCGGUGCACAAGGCGAGUACGCGGGUUUGCGGACAAUCAAACGAUACCAUGAAUUCCGCGGCGACGCGCGCCGCAACAUCUGCCUCAUCCCCGUGAGCGCGCACGGCACCAACCCCGCGUCCGCGCACAUGGCCGGCAUGCGCGUCUGCGCAAUACGCGUCACACCAGGCGGCGACAUAGACAUGGCACAUCUUAAAGACAUGGUAGAAGAACACAGUGAAAAGUUGUCGUGUUUGAUGUUGACAUACCCGAGUACGUUCGGCGUGUUCGAGGAGAGAGCCGCGGACGUGUGCGCACUCGUGCACGCGCACGGCGGACAAGUCUAUCUGGAUGGCGCCAACAUGAAUGCACAGGUAGGGUUAUGCCGUCCUGGAGACUAUGGCAGCGAUGUAUCCCAUUUGAAUCUUCACAAAACUUUCUGCAUACCUCACGGAGGCGGUGGUCCCGGUAUGGGACCUAUUGGAGUUAAAGCUCACCUAGCACCAUUCCUACCUUCGCAUCCUGUGAUAGACCCGCUCGCAGAUCUAGGAGACGCGGCGCACAGCUUCGGAUCAGUCAGCGCAGCGCCUUUCGGCUCCUCAGCUAUACUGCCCAUUUCUUGGGCUUACAUAAAAAUGAUGGGACCAAAAGGAUUGAAACGUGCAACACAAGUGGCCAUACUUAACGCAAACUACAUGUCUCGAAGGUUAAAAGACCACUAUAAAACAUUAUACACGGGGGAAAGAGGUUUAGUAGCUCACGAGUUCAUAAUUGACGUAAGGGAUCUCAAGAAAACAGCUAACAUCGAACCUGGAGAUAUUGCGAAACGGCUUAUGGACUUCGGUUUCCACGCGCCAACAAUGUCAUGGCCAGUGGCAGGAACCCUUAUGAUAGAACCCACAGAAUCCGAGGACCUCCAGGAACUCGACAGGUUUUGUGACGCGCUCAUAGCAAUCCGCAAGGAAAUAAAAGAUAUUGAGGAUGGACUGAUUGAUAAACGCUUAAAUCCAUUAAAGAUGGCACCACACACGCAAGAAGAAGUGAUUUCAGAAGACUGGAACCGCCCUUACAGUCGGGAACAAGCAGCUUUCCCUGCCUCAUUUGUAAAAGGCGAGACGAAAAUCUGGCCGACAGUCGGCCGCAUAGACGACAUGUAUGGCGACAAACACCUCGUGUGUACCUGUCCUCCAGUCAUCGACGACUUCUAACUGCUGAACACAUGUCACACGUUGCAACAUAAAAUUAUCCGAUUUGGAACAAAAUAAUUUACGACGCUGCAGAGGUGGCCCGCGUCGUAAUUCAAAUAAAACAAACGAAUCGCUUUAUGUGUGUAUUUUGACAUAUUUCAGAAUAAAAUAUUGUUUUCUAACAAAUAAAAA